UUUUUUUUGUUUUUGCUCUCUUCCCCUUUCUCCCAACUUUAUCUAUCUACUGCCAGAGUAACCAUCAGUUUUAGUCUUCACCAAGUAAACAGAACCCGACAAAACACACAAAUGUCCACCCAAGGCCUCUCCCGCGCCCUUGCGCGCUCCACCACCACCAAAUCCAUCCCCAGAAUCCCCACGGGGAUUUCAAGGGUUCCCCGUCAAUCGCGACUCCACAGCACUUACACGGCGACAACAACAACAACAACCACAACCACAACCACAACAACACGCCGCCCAUCACCAACCACAGUCUCACCACUGCUAACCCUCAACCACAUCCAAACUCAACGCCGCAAUGCCUCCCACCACAACAAACACCCCGCCGGCUUCACUCCCCCCUCCCCCACCGACCUCGCCGAGCUCCGCGAGCGCGUGCAAGAAUUCGUCCGGCGUUCCCUUCCCGAGACCCUCGCCGCCGAAACCGACAAAUCCAAUGCCUUCCCGCCUCACAUGUGGCAGGCCCUCGGCGACGCCGGUCUGCUCGGCAUCACGGCCGACGAAGCCUACGGCGGUCUGUCGAUGGGUUACCAAGCGCACUGCGUCGUCAUGGAGGAACUCUCGCGCGCUUCGGGCUCGAUUGCCUUGUCCUAUGCCGCGCACAGCCAAUUGUGCGUGAACCAGCUGAGUCUGAACGGCAACGCCGAGCAAAAGGAGAAAUACCUGCCGGGACUGAUUUCCGGCGAAAAGGUCGGUGCGUUGGCCAUGAGUGAGAGUGGAAGUGGAAGCGAUGUGGUCAGCAUGCGGACGACGGCCAAGAAGGUCGAGGGCGGCGGGUAUAAGCUCAAUGGAAGCAAGAUGUGGAUCACCAAUGGCCCGGAUGCGGACGUGAUUGUGGUGUAUGCCAAGACGGAGCCGGAUGCUGGAAGUAAAGGGAUCACGGCUUUUAUCGUUGAGACGAAGAAGGACGGCGUCAAGGCAGAGGGGUUCGAGUGCCUGAGGAAGCUGGACAAGAUGGGCAUGCGUGGGUCGAACACCGGCGAGCUAGUGUUUGAGAAUGUAUUUGUGCCCGAGGAGAAUGUGCUGGGCAAGGUCAAUGGGGGCGUGAGGGUGUUGAUGGAGGGACUGGAUCUGGAGAGGCUGGUGCUGAGCGCGGGACCGCUGGGUUUGAUGCAGGCGGCGCUGGAUGUUGCCUUGCCGUAUGCUCACUCGAGGAAGCAGUUCGGCACCCCGAUUGCCCAUUUCCAGCUGUUGCAGGGCAAGUUGGCCGAUAUGUACACCAAGUUGCAGGCGUCGAGGGCGUACACGUAUGCGACGGCCAAGACGGUUGAUGAGCAAGGGGUUAUCAAGACACAAGACUGCGCUGGUGCUAUUUUGUAUGCGGCAGAGAGGGCGACCGAGGUCGCUCUGGAUGCCAUUCAGAUCUUGGGUGGUAUGGGCUACAUGGAGGAGAUGCCGGUGUCGAGGAUCAUGAGGGAUGCCAAGUUGUAUGAGAUUGGCGCGGGCACCUCAGAAGUUAGGAGGAUGGUCAUUGGAAGGGUUUUCAACAAGGAAUAUGCCCAUUUGGCCAACAACUAGCUUGUCUGUAGAAUUUAUUAUUAGAUUGGCAAUGGCAUUGGAUACCUCUAUAGACAGAAGCGUGCUCUCGACAUUUUCAGUAU